GCAGCGCCCUCCCGGCUCUCGCCCGCCGCCGCCACCCGCCUCAACCCUGUCCCUGCAGCCCAGGCCCCCGUAUCGAGAACAGUGAAGCGCAGGUGGAUGGGUCCCCGCCGCUGCCCACUGCGUGAUGCGGGGCCGGAGAGUGGUUCUGGCAGAGGGGGCGGCACGUGCAUGGAGGUCCGGAGCCAAGAGCGUGAGGCGGAGCGCAGCCUGCACGAGCAGACUGGGUGUUGCACCUUCGCCGUGCGGAUUCCAGAACUCAUGGAGGCCUUUGAAGGAAGGAAGGAUCUACGUUCGCGUUCUAAGUUUCCCAGAGACCGAACCGAGGACGUUGGUAGUGCCUGGCACUGUGACCUUUGAAGACGUGGCUGUGAACUUUUCCCAGGAAGAAUGGGGGCUCCUUAAUGAGGGUCAAAGACAGCUGUACCGUGAUGUGAUGCUGGAGAACCUGGCACUUCUGUCCUCCUUGGGUUGUUGGCGUGGAGUGGAAAAUGAGGCACCUUCUAAGCAGAGUCUUUCCAUACUAAAAAUGUCUGACGUCUGGACUCCUAAGACAGGUGUGUGUCCCAGGAAGGCCCAUGGCUAUGAAAUAUGUUUCCCCAUCUCAGGAGACAUUGUGUGCCUGAGUGAGCACUGGGGAACACAUCACACACAGAAACUGGACAGUUGUGACACUCAUGGGAAAAAGGUGUCUGACAGUGUUAAACUUCAUCAGCACCAGGGUCAGCAUAUUGGAGAGAAACUCAAUGGAAACAUAGGCGGAGUCUCGUGUGUGAAGAGCUGUAAGUUGCAUGUUUCGGGGAAACCGUUCAUCUUCAACGGUAUUGAGAAUGACUUCCUUGUCAGACUCGGGUUCCUCCAGCACGAGGCCGCUCCUGUUGGGAAGACGUCAACCAGCAAGAGCCAGUGUGGGGCACCCUUUCUUGGGGGAGAACCUCCUCACAACUGGGGAGAACCUGCGCAGACCUUCAGCUCCCAACAGACGCUUGUUUUGGACCAGAGGCUGCUUACUAGAGAACCAUGUUAUAUUUACAGUGAAUGUGGCAGUGUUUUUAAUAGAAAUGGUAGCUUCAAUAACCAUCAGACCAUUCAUUCUGGAGAAAGACCAUAUGAGUGUCGGGAAUGUGGGAAAUUUUUUACCUACAGGUGUAAUCUCUUAGCCCACUUGAGAGUUCAUACAGGAGAAAGACCAUAUGAAUGUGGGGUAUGUGGGAAAUCAUUUAGCUUAAAGUCUAACCUGAUUCGACAUCAGCGAGUUUAUAGUGGAGAGAGUUCAUAUGAGUGUAGUGACUGUGGAAAGUUGUUUAGCUACAAGUAUAACUUGGUUGAACACCAGAGAGUUCACACUGGUGAAAGGCCAUAUGAAUGCAGUGAGUGUGGGAAGUCAUUUCGCCAGCGCUCUACACUCUGUCAACAUAAGAGACUCCACUCGGGACAAAAACCUUACGAGUGUACUGACUGUGGGAAGUGUUUUGCGGAAAACUCCAGCCUCAUUAAACACAGAAGAAUCCAUACUGGAGAAAGGCUGUAUGAGUGCAGUGAGUGUGGAAAAUCCUUUGCAGAAAACUCCAGCCUCAUUAAACAUAGGAGAGUUCACACUGGAGAGAGGCCUUAUGAAUGUGUAGAAUGUGGAAAGUUAUUUAGGCACAAGUCUCACUUGGUUGUACACCAGAGAUUUCACACUGGAGAAAGGCCUUAUGUAUGUGGAGAAUGCGGGAAAUCCUUUAGCAAACAGUACAACCUCAUUCGACAUCAGCAGAUUCACACUGGACAAAAUUCAUAUGAAUGCAGGGAAUGUGGAAAACUAUUUAGCUACAAGUACAACCUCAUUGAACACCAGAGAAUUCACACAGGAGAAAGGCCAUAUCAAUGCAAUGAAUGUGGGAAAUCAUUUCGUCAAAGCUCUUCACUCCUCCAACACCGGAGACUUCACAUUGGACAAAAGCAUUAGUGUAGUGAACACUGAGAAUGCUUUACUGAAAACUAACCUCAUUCUACAUGGGACUCACACUGGAGAAAAGUGUUAUGCAUGCUCUGAAUACGGAAAAUCUUUUCACGAAGCUCUUAGUUUUUUUGAUAUUCUAGAGUUCAUGCUGGAGAAAGUUUCAUAAUUGAAACAAAUUUGAGAAAUUUUUUUAGUCAAAAUUCUGUGCUUUUUCAAGGUCUGAGUUCACACUUAGGAGUGUGGCAGAUGUGGGAAGUUCUGCAGCUAAAACUAGCUUCAGUUCCCACCAGAGAGCCCCUGGUGAAGUGCCUUUUGAAUGUAGUGUGAGGAAACUGUCAGACUGACCUCUUUGGAUAUUAGGACUAUCCCAAUGAGAAAAAUACUGUAGCUGUGCAGGGUGUGUUAUUUCUUCAGUGUAACACUGGAGGAGAUAUGUAUGUAUGUGUGUGUGUGUGUGUGUGUGUAUAUAUAUAUAUAUAUAAAACAACUGAAUUGAACCUCAUACAUCAAAAAAAAUCUGCGUUAAGCUGCUGCCCAUGACACUGACGUCCUAGUGUGAGUCCUGGUUACUGUGUUUACUGUCCAGCUCCCUGCUAAUGUCCUGGGAAAGCAGGGGAAGAUGACCCAAGUAUUUGGGCCCCUGCCACCCACAUGGGAGACUCAGAUGAAGUUCGCGGCUGCUGGCUUUGGCGUGGCCCUGCUGCUCUGUUCAUUGCAGCCAUUUGAGGAGUAAAUCAGUGUAUGGAAGAUUUCUUUGUCUCUCCAUCUCUCCUUUUCUGUAACGCUGCCUUUCAAAUAAAUCUUUAAAAAGAACUGUUUAAAUCUCGGAUACGUGAGAGCUGCAAGGUAUUUUUCAGUUUACCUUGGAUCCUUGACUGACUUAGCCCUCUGAGAAAAAGCAUGUCACCUCUGCCACUUGGGAGGUCCUCAGCGUGCAUCAUGUUCUCACCCCGUCAUGUUUAGGAAGGAAGCCUUGAUGGUCUCCCAUUUGCUGCAGGAAUUUGUGGUUAGCUUCAGCAUUUACUCCUUUCUCAUUUCUUACCCUUUGAUGAGUUACACUAUAGGCUCGAUGGAGUUUAUUUUAAAAGUUUAUUUAUUUCAAAGACUGGGUGACAGAGGUGAAAUGCAAAGAUAUCUUAGAUCCACCAAUUUACUCCCCAGAUGACUGCAGUGGCCAGGGCUGAGCCAGGCUGAGGUCAAGAGCCCAGAACUCUGAGGUCUCGCAUGUGAGUGGCCAGGGCCUACAUACUUAUGCCAUUUUUUGCUGCUUUCCCAGGAACAUUAACAGGGAGCAGGAUUGAAAAUGGAGUAACUAGGACUCCAAUCUGUGCUCUGAUAAGGGAUACCAUCAAUGCAAGCGAGCAUUGUCUUAACCUGUUGUGCCACAAUGCAGCCCCUCUGAUGCAGUCUUUUGACCCAGAGGACUCUACUGGUGACAUGAAAAGAUAGAAUUAUUUUUUUCAGGGGCUUUGUGGGUCUGUUAAGACUGUUGAAGUUGUAUUUCCAGUUUCCAGAUCACAAGUCCCAGAACAUCCUGUUCCUCUUCACUCCCUGUCGUUUUGGCUUACGCUGAAAUGAAGGCCUGAUUGUUUAAGCUGCCUUCACCUUAGGACCUGUAUUUGCCAUCUGUGGUGGUUUGUAAACAACAGAAUUCUACCAUGUACAAACAGGCUGGGAUUGGUUGGGAUUACUGAACUUUGUGUGCCUCAGAGGGGACAGUGUGAUGGCAGAAUGUAACUUGACCCCAGUUUUGACGUACUUUCUGUUUCUUGCAGAAUAUAACUGUCUCUUGGUUUUGUCCUACUUUAUAUUUCUGCCCAAGACCUCCAAAGGAAGACUUUAGAGCUUUGUAGUUCUUUUUUAAAAAAUUUUAUUAAUUUUUAUUUGAAAGGCAGAGAGAGGGAGAGAGAUCUUCCAUCUGUUGGUUUAUCCCCCAGAUGACUGCAACAGCCAGUGCCAGGCUGAAGUCAGCAGACAGGAAUUUUAUCUGGGUCUUCUGUGUGGAUGGCAGGGACCCAAGAACUGAGCCAUCACCUGCUGCUUCCUAGGGUGCACAUCGGCCCAAAGCUGGGUUGGAAGCUGAGGGUGGGACUUGAUCCCAGGCAGUGUGAUAUGGAAUGCGGUAUCUGAGUGGCAGCUUGAUCCAUCAUGCUGUGGUACCCCUGUGGUUCUGACUUGUUGCAUGGAUGCUGCAUUAAUGUGUGAAUUCAUAGGUCAGCCUGAGGAAAGGGCCAUAUUCGUGACAACCUCUUGUACUUCUGAGAAUAACACAGAAUUGUUCUCUUGUUCACAAGAAAUGUUGCGUUGUGCUUAGCACCGGUGAGCAGAAUCAGUUCCCCAGGUUCAACAAUGGUUUCUUGUACCCCAAUGUCCUGAAUUUAGUAGAGUAGCAUCACAAGUUACAGGUUUAUGGGGGUGGGAAAUAGUGACACGUUUAUAGGGAGUGAGGGGAACUGCAGGAAAGUGGUUGGAGUGGGCUGUUUUAACAGGGCAGUGCGAUGACUGAGUCACAGCUUGUGGUGGAUGAGGUGGCACAGAAAUUCUCAGGACUUUAGGGUUUGGGGUAGCUGAGGUCCUUGUCAGAGAAUAUGAAGUAAAGGUUUAGUGGACUCCUGCAGUGUUGUACACUGUUCACAUCAGUGCCAUUCCUGCGUAAGCAGGAGGAAGAGGGUACAAGAGGCCCCUUAGUUUAGUUAGCGAUGAGGCUUUUCUGACCAGCCAGUCUUCCUAUUGGAUCAGGUGGAAAUGGCCUUGUUCACUCAUAUUUGCUAUGCCAAGGCUGGUUGUCCCACCCAGGGCAUGAGGAGAGAGUUUGUAGCAUCUAUAUAGGUUGCCAAAUUUAUUUACCAAAAAUAAUAGGAAAUUCAGAUUUUAUUUUGAACUUUAAAAAAAAGGCUUUUGCAAGGUAUAAAUGACAUUCCAUAAACUGCACAUAUUUAAAUUGUAUAAUUUGGGGCCAACGCUGCGGUGUAGCAGGUUAAACCACCGCCUACAGUGCCGGCAUCCCAUAUCAGUGCCAGUUCAAGUCCCAGCUGCUCCACUUCUGAUCCAGCUCUCUGCUAAGGCCUGAGAAAGCUGUAGAAGAUGGCCCAAGUCCUUGGGCCGCUGCACCCAUGUGGGAGACCUGGAAGAAGCUUCUGGCUCCUGGCUUCGGAUAGGUGCAACUCUGGCCAUUGUGGCCAAUUGGGGAGUGAAUAAGCGGAUGAAAGACCUCUUUGUCUCUGCCUCUUUUCUCUAUAACUCUGACUUUCAAAUAAAUAAAUAAAUCUUUAAAAAAUAAGUUGUACCAUUUAAUAAGUUUUGAUAGCCAUAUGUACUCAUGAAACAAUCAUAAUCAUGAACCUACCCAACAUUGGUAUUACCUGGUGCCCUUUAAUAUCUUUCUACUUUCCAGGCAACCAUUGAUUUACUUUGUUUUAUAAUACAGUAAUUUUUACUUUCCAAGAUUUUAUGUGAUUGAAAUGAAAAUGUUUAAUUCUUAAAUGUACAUUUCUUAAGCUUGAGUUCUGUUCUCUGGCAUAUUGAAGUUCCUCAAUGGUAAUAUAUAAGAAGUUCAGUCUUUUUAUGUUACUGAGAACUAACAUGCUGAAGAUACACCAUAAUUUCUCUAUUUAUGUGUUUAUGGGCAUUGAGUUUCCUUAUUUUGCGUGUUACAAAUAAAAUACUGCCAACAUUUAAAGAUUUAUUUUAAUUUGAAAGGCAGGGUUACAGAGAGGCAGAGAGAGAGAGAGAGAGAGAGAGAGAUCUUCCAUCUGCUGGUUCACUUCCCAAAUGGCUGCAAUGGCCGGAGCUUGGCUGAUCUGAAGCCAGGAGUCAGGAGCUUCUUCCAGGUCUUCCAUCUGAGUGCAGGGGCCCAAGGACUUGGGCCAUCUUCUGCUGCUUUCCCAAGCCACAAGCAGAGAGCUGGAUCAGAAGUGGAGCAGCUGGGAUUCGAACCAGUGCCUCUAUGGGGUGCUGUCACUGCAGGCGGGAGUUUUACCUGCUAUGCCACAGUGCCAGCCCCAAGAUACUGCAGACAUUUAAAUACAACUUUUCAUAGAGAUGUGUUUCAUUUCUCGUGUGUUAAAUUUCUCAGUAUGGAUGAAUAGAUAACAUCUUAAGGAAGGCCAGUUUGACCUCAAACUUAAAUGUUUCCUUUUCUAAUUAUAACAGCAGGAUGUGAGUUCCAGUUCUUUCACAUCCUUAUCAGUAAAGAAUAUGGCUGAUUUUUAAGAAUUUUUAACCUUUCAAUAAGUGGAUAUGUUUUCAUUGUUUACUUGUCAGUUCAUACCUAUUUUUUUCACUGAUUUUUUAAAAAUGAAUUUUAUUUUUUUUUCUUUUCCUGAAGAAAGAUGAAAAUAGUGCAACAGCAAAGACUUAUGCUGAACCUCAUUCAUUCUUCAGUGACAUCUUUGCUCUACGGAAUAAUUAUUUUUAAGUACCAUAAGGUACGAUCUGGGCAUCCAUUUUGUGUCGAAGAAUAAGUAUCCCAAGACGACAGUUCAUGUGAUUCCAGGGCAGAGAAGCAGGAUGAUAAGACGGCUUUUCCUUUACUCUUCUGCAUCUUCCUGCUCUUUCCUUUCUCCGCAUCUGUUUUUCCUCAGAGUUCUCAUGAGUGGGAAGGAUACACAUUUUGUGGAAAUAGGAAUUUCAUGUUAGCCACGUUUCCCGGCUGCCGGGGCUGUACUCACCUCACAAGUUCGUGCUCAGUGUCCAGGAUCCUACCGUUGACUCCUGUGCAUAUUCUUUUUCCCUCAUGUGUAUUCUAAGGCUUCACAGAUGACUUUCUAGCUAUUUAUAUCCUCAAUGGAGAAUUGUACUAGUCGACCUUAAUGAAUUAAUUUGCUCCUCCACAGUUGUUUUCCAGAGACAGCCUCGCUUUCACAGACUGUCAGUGUACUUAGAGGCGGAAUGAAAAUCCCGGUGCAGCAAGGGGGUGAGAUGGGAUCCAGACUCUCUGAAGGUGCAUGGGCCCACUGUCCACACCUGUAGGAGUGCCGACAUUACAGAUGCCAUCCUGGAAGCACAUGUGAAUUUAGCAAGACGCCACUUUCCCCAUAAAGAUCAUGAUGUUAGGAGAAAUGGCAGAUCUCAAUAAGAAAUGUAUAUGGAAAAACAGUUCUGCUUUUUUUUUUUUUAAGUUUUUAUUUCGGUGAAGUAAGAGUUAUGGGGUGGGGGGUGGGGACAGAGGGUAGGGAGGAAGCUUCCAUUUGCUGGUUCACUCCCCAGAAGCUUGCAAUGGCCAGAGCUGGGCCAGGCUGAAACCAGGAGCCAGGAGCUUCUACCAGGUGUCCCAUGUGGGUGCAGGGGCGGUCUUCUUUCUGCUUCCCAGGCUGUUAGCAGGGAGUUGGGUUGGAAGAGGAGUACCUGGGACAUGAGCCUGCACUCUCAUGGGAUGCUGGAGUUGGCAGGUGGCGGCUUUACCACUACUCCAAAACUCCAGCCCCAGCAGUUCUGCUUCCUGCUGUUGAGUCACAAAUGCUGAGGGACCAAGAGGAAAGGUGCCAGCGUGGCUGCUUGCCAUAGGGUUGCCUAGAAUCCUGCAUGUUUCCUCUUUGCCCUGUUCUUCCUGACACCUCGGACCUAAAGCACCAGUCCUCAGAGAUUGUUCAUUGUAAGAGCUUCACCUGAGAAGGAAAGAGCAAGAGAACUGCUUACUUUUCUCCAGUUGUCUUUGUAGCAAUUACUGGACAUGAAUUUUUGUCCUCUUGGGAGCUUGAUUUGUAAAUGGAAUCUGCAGGAAUAACACGUCUUUGAAGGAUCAAGAGUUAAAACUCCCUGACCCAUUUUAUGAAGGGAAAGAGGUUUCAGAAUAGUGAGUAAAAGACUGUUAGAGAUGACAGAGAUGUCAUUUCCUAAUGUGUUCUUGAGUGAUAGCAUAUCUUGUAUAUAAAUAAUCACGAUCAAUCAGCAGUAUUUCACUGCUUUCUCUGAGGAAAAAUCUUGAUCCUCCCCCCCCCC